AUCUCUGCAGGAGUCGGAAGAUCCAGAUCCGGAACAUUCCCCCUCAUCUGCAGUGGGAGGUUUUGGAUGGCCUUCUUGCUCAGUAUGGUACUGUAGAGAACGUGGAACAAGUGAACACUGACACAGAAACAGCAGUGGUGAAUGUUACAUACGCAACUAAGGAGGAAGCUAAAGUUGCCAUCGAGAAGCUGACAGGACACCAGUUUGACGACUACUCCCUAAAGGUGUCGUACAUCAUGGACAUGGAUGCUGCCUCGCCUGUCCAGGCUCCACGAACGCGGCGUGGAGGGCGAUCCUCCCGGGACCAGGGCACCCCUCAGCCUGGACCGUCGGGAGGCUUUGGGUCGCCCCGUCUCAGACAGCCGGACUUCCCCCUGCGGAUGCUUGUGCCUACUCAGUUUGUGGGAGCCAUCAUUGGCAAAGAGGGCCUGACCAUCAAGAAUGUCACCAAACAAACCCAGUCCAAGGUGGACAUCCACCGGAAGGAAAACGCAGGCGCAGCUGAAAAACCCAUCACCAUCCAUUCAACACCCGAGGGGUGCUCCUCUGCCUGCCAGAUGAUCCUGGACAUCAUGCACAAGGAGGCGAACGAGACCAAGACGACGGAGGAAAUCCCUCUGAAAAUCCUUGCCCAUAACAGCCUGGUGGGUCGGCUGAUUGGGAAGGAGGGCCGCAACCUGAAGAAGAUCGAGGAGGAGACAGGGACCAAGAUAACCAUCUCCUCGUUACAAGACUUAACUAUUUACAACCCUGAGAGGACCAUCACAGUGAAGGGAAGCUUGGAGGCUUGUUGUAAAGCCGAGGUGGAGAUCAUGAAUAAGCUGAGGGAAGCCUACGAGAACGAUCUUGCUGCUAUAAACCAACAAGCCAACUUGAUCCCAGGCUUAAACCUGAACGCUCUGGGCAUCUUCUCCUCUGGUCUGCCGGUGGUGCCUGCUGCUGCCGGACCACGUGGUGCAGUGUCCCCUGUAGCAUCAGCAGGAUACAACCCCUUCUUAAGUCACUCUCCACAUCUCAGUGGCCUGUACGGGGUUCCUCCAGCAAGUGCCAUGCCCCACCAGCACUCACAACAGGCUCCAGAACAGGAGGUCGUCUACCUCUUUAUUCCCACUCAGGCAGUGGGGGCCCUGAUAGGCAAGAAGGGCCAGCACAUCAAACAACUAGCCCACUUUGCAGGAGCUUCCAUCAAGAUUGCUCCAGCAGAGAGCCCAGAUGUUGCUGAGAGGAUGGUCAUUAUUACUGGAACCCCAGAGGCUCAAUUUAAGGCUCAAGGUCGGAUAUUUGGGAAGCUGAAAGAGGAGAACUUCUUCUCAGGAAAGGAGGAGGUCAAACUGGAGACGCACAUCAAGGUUCCCUCAAGUGCAGCUGGCAGAGUCAUUGGCAAAGGGGGCAAGACGGUGAACGAGCUGCAGAACCUGACGAGUGCGGAGGUCAUUGUACCGCGGGACCAAACUCCUGACGAUAACGACGAGGUCUUUGUAAAAAUCAGUGGACAUUUCUUUGCCAGCCAGACUGCACAGAGGAAGAUCCGGGAGAUCAUUCAGCAGGUCAAACAGCAGGAACAGAAGCACCAGCAGGGCGCCGCCGUGUCACCGCACCACUCCAAGUGACCCGGCCAGGCGGCUCCAGUGGGCACCAGCCAAUGAAUGUAGCCCUCCCAAAACGGACAGAGACUGAGCCAGACUGAGGCCAAGGCCAAGGGGGAUGUGCAGGGCAGACCAGCAGCGGCGGCAACGGGAUCAAAACCAAAGAACUUCGCUACGGGGGGAAACAAGUGAGAGCCAAAGGCUGAGGGCAUUUAGUGCACUGCCAGCCCUGCAAGAGCAGACAGAGUGGGAGAAAACAUACUGAUAAAAAGACCAAAAAAAAGCAACACAUAAGAGGUGGGAACUGCAUUAAUUUGAAAAAACAAUACAUCUUAUGGGUAAAAAAUAACAAACAAAAAAAACCAGGAUAUGUCGCCCUGCAUAACGUUUAUCUCUUUAGUUGGACUAACAUAGGCCUCAACUGAUCAAACAAAUAAACCUAUUAACACGAGUGCAUACAAGGCAUUUUGGAUUGACAGCGUGAGUUAGAACAAGAGCGACUCCUCUUUAUGAGAGUAUCCUUAGCAGUAUUAAUGCAGAGUAGAGAUGUAUAUUGAUACACUGAGAGUAUGCACUGUUUUUUUUUCCCUCUAUCCGAAUGACAGAACCAACCUGGUGCCGUUUUAAAUGUGUGAAUCUGUUCAGUAGACUGAGCUGAAACAGCCACAGAAAGCGAUCGAUUUCACCCCCUUUUUGUUUGCUGAAUUUAAAAUCCCUGAAAGUAAACCUGAUGAAAGGUUCUGAGUUUUUUUAACAAGCCUGUGUGUGUGCCAACGCAAAAGAUAACGUCCCCCUCCCUGCUACUCUCACUGUUCAUUUCCCAUGCUUUGCCCUUUUUCUUUAUAAAUUCUUUCUGCUAAUUUCUGCUUUCAUUGCUCUCAUCUGGCAUUGUGUUCUUAUUGCAAAGGAAGAUUUUUUUGCCUUUAGCCUUUUUGAGAAAAAAAAAAUUGAUUAAUAACUGCCACUUUCUUGUUAAAGAAAGGUGAAAUGAGAAGAAUUGUAUCACCCUCCAUGCAGUGAUGUCCUUAUAUUAAGAAGAGGCAAUGACGAUCAGAAAAAAUAAAAAAUAGAUCAAUCGCGUCUUAAAGAAGCUGCGCACCUUAGCUAGUGAGCAGGUAAUCAUUUGUUUUGAAUGUGCACUGUCACACGCUUGGCCUUAUGGGACGUCACAAGGGUCAACAUGAAGGGGUUGAGUAGAGAGCCCAGAAAAGAGGACCUUGUUAGGGUGGGAGGGCGAAAACACUCAUAGGCUUAGAGAACAGGCAUGGGCCGGUAAAUAAGAGAUAGAAUAUGCUGUCAACACGUUUUAAAACAAAAAAAGUAUUUUAUGAUCAAAUUUCUUUAUUUAAAUCUACAAAGCAGCAAGCCAUUCUACUGCUACUAAAAUACUGUUACAUAUAUUUAUUAUUACAGCUUUAUUAAAUAUUAUCUAUAGCAAAUAUUCUAUAUUAUGUAGAUAUAUAGUACAAGGGGGGAAGUUGAGCUACUUUGUCCUCUGAACAGCCAGAGAAAACUCAGGUCACACAAUCAUUUUCUCGGAUGUCUUAGAUAAAAAUAAGAGACUUUGGACAAGUCUGGCUGUAACUGUGUGAAUAUUAUUAAAGUUAGUUUUGCUAGUGUCAGAAAGGUGCUGAAAAUAAUCAUUAAAAGCACAAUAGCUUUAAGCAAUUUAGAAAUGAUCUUUUUUUGUUCAUAUUUUAAUUUAGAAAUGUCAGAGUGGAGACUAUAAACUUUUCACCAUUCCAUUUGGUGAUCAUUUUGCUGCCUCAAACAGCAUGUAUUCAGCAAAACUAAGCAGAUAACCGAAUAGCUCAACUAAGUACAGCUAGUUUGCCAUUUUCUACUCUUUUGAGUUUCAUCCUAUGCUAUAAAAAUGCAGGAUUUAGAAAUAUUGGUAGCCUUUCAAAAAUCUCUGGGUUAAAUGUCUAAUUUUUUUUAGGAAACUGCAAUAGUGUGACAAUAUAAGAUCUGCCCCUAACUAGUUUUUGUAGUUUAUGACUUUUUUCCCCUCUAAAAUUUUGGUGAAUGCAUUGAAGGAAAAACACUUUCAGUAAAAAAAAAAAAUGCAUUUAAUCACAUUUUCAGUUCCCCAAUUUCAGUAAAAUAGAAGGAAAAUAAAAGACAAAGAACAAAACCAUGAUAAAAGCAGGUAAUAAAGCAAUUAAAACCAUUCCAUUCAUUAAAACAGUUUUGAUCAAUUUUUGAAUUAAAAAACCUUUCUUGUGUUUAAAAAAACAUACAAAAUAAAAAAAAAUUAUUAUUAACAUUUUUAUUAAAGUUUUUUUUUAAUCCCAUCAUACUUCAUUGUUAAUAAUAAUUUAUAAUUUCACAGCUGGAAGGAAAAAAAACAAAACCUUUUGAAACCUAAACUUAUAUAUCUAAUUUCAUUGUAAUUCUUGAAGAGAAAUAAGAAUUAUUCUUUUAUUUUUUAAACGGAGAUUGGGCCCAAAAAUGAAGAGUAGGAACAAAUAAUUUAUAACUGACUUUAUAAAGGCUUGAUCCAGGUAACCGGCCCAUGCCUAUUGGUGGUUGGGAGGAAAGGGGCGGGGCUUGGCACCGUAUGACCUGUGGUACACACACAACCGCAAACCUGACCGCAUUGGCGUUUGGCUUUAACCCUCUCUUUGUCAGGGAGCUUUCUAAGAAAAAAACGGCAUGACAGCUGUGAAUGUACAAUAUGCAGCCUUUUUUUUUUUAGAACACCUCACCUCCUGCCGUGUCCAGAAGGCCGGACCUGCCACACAGACUGUCACUCUCCCCUUCACUCUUUUAACCCCAACUUGGCAUUUUUGAAGUAACCGUUUGUGGCCGGCCGCCUCAGUGAACACUCAGGACUCGCAGGUCAUGGUGUCCUUUCGUGCUUUACUUUGGAAAGACAGUGGAAGCUUGUUGCCUUAUUUUGUCACCUCUUAAACAUCACCCAUCAGCUUCAUCUUCCAGACGCAAGGUUAUUGCCAAUACGCACAGCUUCCUCCGUGUGUGUCUCUGUGUGUGUGUGCGCGCACGUACGUAUGUGUGUAUGUAUAUAUAUAUAAAAACAGAGUAAUAUUUAUGAAUCUAUUUUUUCCUAUUUGUGAUGAGAUCUAUUGAUAAGAAACGAAAAAAAGAAAAGUCUGCUUCUGUUUUUUCUUUCCCUCCCUCAAUGGGACACUGCCAUAUUAUUUUGAAGGGAAAUGUUUAUUUUCUUGAAAACUAAGACUAUGAAAAAUAAUAUAAUAAGAAGAAACGAUAAAAACCUGAAAAAAUACAAGUCAAGUGAACCACGGCGUUAACUUUGGUUGGGAUGUGAACAGUGCGCAUGUCAGUAUUGUGAUCUACCUCAGGCUUCAGGGUACCUCAGUCCAAACUUUCAUUUACCCCCUUAUUUUCCACAUUUUGUAUGCCUUGUUAAAUGAUUAUUUUGAGCAUUUUUUUUUUUAGCAGAGAAAAAAAAAAUCUGUACACUUUCAGAUCCAGCUGACUAGUGAAACUUUGCAAAACAAUAAUCCGCUGGACUGUGUUUGCCUGGACGCCAUGCAACCUCUAACGUCCAUUUUGUUAGAAAGGAAUGAAGCAUGGGAUUUUUUAUAGGGUAGAUACCCGAAAGAUCUUUGGUAAGAAAGACAGAAAGAUACAAAUCAGCUAGAAACUAACCAACUAUACCUCCUGUUUUUCCCGACUUGACCUUCAGGUUUUUGUUUAAAAAAAAAAUGUAAAUGAAAAAAAAUGACGUUCAUUGAUUUGUAAGAUAUUGAUAAGUGUUUUAUACCAACCUGACCUAAUCUCACAAGUUCCGUUUGAUAGAAAAAAAAAUCACACAUAGCAAACCGGAUCGGAUUUAGAAGAGAUCAAGAAUGCCGCAAAAAUACACUGACAGAACCCUUAAACACGUUAUAAAACCCAAGUUUUGAGUGCAAAAUGUCAAAACAAGCCUAGUCGUUUGAAAUGUCACUGUGCACGACAAGAAAAAAAAACUGUAUAUCUGUAAACAUGUACAAUAGAGCCACACAUACAAUGUUUUCUGUCGUUCUAUAACAUAAAGCAUGGCGGGGGAGUCUAGAGCGCCACAGCUUUCCUUAAACUGACCUCCUAAUUUGAAUUUGGUGAUUUUUUUUUUUGUGCUGUACAUUUCAGAAUCACCUCUCUAAAUCCAUGGCUGACUUUAGAUACUAAAAAAUAUGUGUGGUGAAAAAAAAGGAGGUAAACAAGUCAUAUAGUUGAAGUUUUUGUUUUAGAGCAGUUUUCGUUUUCCCAUUUGUUCGUGUAGGACAGCAGAACUUUAGUCUUCAGAUGAGGUGGAUCAUUUUUGUCCCAGUGAACACAAACUUGCAGUACUAUAUUAAAGGUCUAACAAACUCACACAAUGCCUGAGGCUGUUGUUGUUGCCGCCAGCCUCCCCACAGCCGGUACAGUACCUCAUACUGAUGAUGAGAGCCCGCCAGACACGAUUCAAAGUAACCCAACGCGACUGAAAUGCAGUACGGUGCUCGGACUCCUCAGACAGUCUGCUUCACCUUUUGUAGAGCAUGUUUCAGAGAAAAACGGCUUUUCAUUGUAGCACUGAUACCUCUACUGCUGCUUGCAAAGGUAUUAGCAUCCCUUAAACCUUUAGGCAUUUUGUCACGUUAAAACAAGAAACUGCAAUGUGUUUUAUUAGCAACACAGGCUGCUUCAUGAUUAAGGUGAUUUUUAAGUCUUUUUUCAAAUUCAAAAUCCUUAAAAACUCUGCUAUCUGUUGUAUUUAGUGUUUUAGAAAAGAUCUACUGUCUUUGCAUGCUUAAAAGAAAAUAAUUCAAGGUUCUCAGGUUGGAUGAAGAGCAUUCAUGAACAUGACUGAAGCUCUCUUUGUCCAUGCUUUGGAGACAUCAUCCAAGAGGCCUAGUUUUAUCUGUUUGUUAAAAAAGAUUUCACAAAUGAAUAUCACUGCAAAAAUGAUAAAAAUUUAUUUCUUAAACUAAGUGUAUUUAUUCUUAAUUUUAGUUGGUAAAUUAAAUGAUCUGUCAAUGGAAUGAGUAUGAUUAGGCUUAAAAUAAGGUAAUUAGAAAGUAUGCCCUUGAGAUAAAAGACUCCAGUUGUUUUUUUUUCGUACCGUAUUUUAAGUUUAAAUUGCCUUAUCCCAUUGGCAAAGUGUCUUAUUUACCUGCUCAAUUCAAGAAAAAAUGCACUUAAUUUGAGAAACAGAAUUUUUUUUGCAUUGUACCACCUAAAGCUUUGCUAAAAGAGUUUUGGAACAACCAAAUACCCUUUUAACUGAGGAUCAGAGAAAGAGGAUAAGGUGGAAUCUUAGGUAGCAAGAGUAAUUAUCAAUGUAGGAGCCAGAAGAAGGAAUUUAAAAUUGUUGUUGCAGUUUAAAAAUGAAGAAAAAAUCUAUUUAAAUGGGAUGAAGGCAUCAAAGGGAGGCCAGACUGACCCGAGGGAGCCAAAGCUGACAUAAAAGACUGUGAGAGGUAUUCCAAAAAAAUGUCUUCUAACAGGUUAGAAGACAUUUUUUUGGAAACUUUCUCAAUUCUCAAUUGUGAGAGGUACAGUAGCAGCCAUUCAAAAUUUCCCCGCUUUCCUUGAAGUGCCAAUGGUUGGUCCCCUACAAUUCCUUUUUAAACAUCAAUCUUUGUACUAAAAUACCCUUUCUGUCAUGAUUUGUGGACAUUAUCUAAAGAGAAACACCAUCUCCUGGUCAGACCCUGUAAUUCAGUGAAAGGGUGGAUUAAAUAAAUAUGCACACACAGGAGAAGGAGGGGGUCACUCCAGGGGCUGGAAAUUGGAGAGGAUUUUGCUGGGAGUUGCAGGAAAGUGGGCGUUUGGCUGAAAAGUGCCAUUUUGAAAGGCUACUACUGUAUAUAUGUAUAUAAUAAGGCUGAAUGGGGUGGGUGACCUCUAAAUGCAGUUGGUUUCAUUAAGUUUUAUUUAGAGCUAUCAGAGUUAAUUGAGCUUUAUAAAAAAUCACGCAAAACUUUUCAUACUUGCUUACAAAACACUGAAAAAUCUGUAUUAAUUUCCAUCAACUUCACUAAAGCCCAGAGUAGUGUAGAUAUGAAAGAAAACAGAAGAAAUUUCUUGGUUGUAACGUGACAAAAUGUGGAAAUUUGUUUUGGAAAAGGUUGAAUACUUUAGCAGGGCACUGUAGUUUGUUAUCUUAUCCUCUUUGGAUACGUUUCAUAGAUCAUUUUUGACGUUGUGGCUCUUUUUCCUGCAUUGCAGAGGACUCUGCAGGCCUCUGUCUCUCUCUCGUGUUUUUGGCUCUUUAUAGGCGCAGGUUUCCCUCCAGCUGGAUCACACUGACUUCAUCGCUUUGAGAAAAAUCAUCCUGGAUGUUUACAUGGUAUGAGGUGAAACCUGCAAGGAGCGUAGUAACUUUUUUCUUUUUAUUAUUUUUUUAAGGAUUGGUAUUUCUAGCUAUUGUGGGGUGUUAGGCAUUCGUUUUCAGUACCAUAAAAAAUAAAUCCUAGUUACACACAUCACUAAGGGUGUAAAGUGUUGUUAGUCAUAUCACACGGUGGAUAAAUAGCUAAGGUUUUCUUUUAUUGUCUGUUCUGAUCUGGUUUCUUGUAUUUCACUCUGAUUAAAUGAUGUAGUCUGGAGCUGUAGCUGGGAAUCUAACUCUUCAUUCCUGUUAGAUCGCUACGAUUAGAACUAGUUAGGAAAUUGUGGUGGGGAAAAAAAAAAAUCAUCCUAGGUAGGAUUGUUUAAACAGAUAAAGAAAGAUAAAUACAAAGUUGGAGUGUUGAAAGUACCCAGGCCUGAUUCAAAGCUCUGAAGAAAUGGUUUUGAGUUUAGAAGACGGAUCAGAGGUCGUUCGGCGCCGUCUGAUAGCCUCUGAGGUCAAAUGUAUGCAGAAGCCACAGCAGUGUUUUUGUUGCCCUGUCAUGUUGUUGAGUGGAAAACAUUGCAUGAGAUUGAUGCAGGUAAUCCAGUAUGUACUACACUUCACAUCGCACUAGACUUGGAAUUGUGUUUUGUUUUAAUUUUUUUUACAAGGAUCUAGUUCUUAUCUGCAUUUUUCACCAUCUGGGAGAUUCAUUUGGUUUCUUGGUAGAUUAAAACCCUCAAUGUUACCCACAGGCCAACAAGGCUCCCAACACCAGGAGGUAAUAAUAAUCAGUGGCUGCGUUAGAGGGACAUCUGAACCAUUGUUUACUACCACACAUAUGGGUCAAUGCCUUUCUGGUUACCAGCCAAGCUGUUCUUUUGAGUUAUGAGUGAACUGUAUUGCUGAGCAACCUGGAUCUGAGCAAUAAAGAAUAUCUGAAAGAA